AGGAUGGUGGUGAAGUUUGAGGAUGGCAAAGAACUACGCUCCUUCACUUUCAAACAAGAGGAUCAAUGGGUAUGCUGCAGCGAAGAGGUACGAGCUAUGGAAAGGCGAGUACUUUUGGAAACUUUAGCUGGUCAGAUCUCCCAGGAUGUGAUUCAGUUUUCUUCAAAGCUAGCAAUAAUUAAAUCAAAUCCAGAUAGGAAAACAUUGUUGGAACUUGCAUAUGGGUCUAAGCUUCUUGCAAAGAUUUUGAUAAGUUAUAAUGCGAUUCGAUCACCAAUAGCAAAGUGGAUGGGAUUUUCUAAGGAAAAUUACGUUGGUCAUUGUGCUUUCCGUGGACUUGUUUCUUAUUCAGAAGGACAGCCUUAUGGACCAAGAGUCAAUUAUAUCUAUGAUAGAGGGGUGCAUUCAGGAUAUGUUCCUGUUUCUCUAAGAAAAGUUUACUGGUUCAUUUGCUUCAACAGUUCAUCUCCAGGUCCUAAAUGA